UUGCCCCCACCUGUCAUAACCUAAAAACCGCAGUUAAAUUAUUGAAAUAAAAAAUUAGAAUUAUCAAGAAUGGAUUCGUUAGGGGGCGGAUUAACCGGGGCCCAAAAAGACGAACUAAUGGAUCAAGUCAAGCAACAAAUAGCCGUUGCAAAUGCGCAAGAACUUCUCACUAAAAUGACUGAAAAAUGCUUUAAGAAAUGUAUAAACAAGCCGGGGACAUCUCUGGACAGUUCCGAACAGAAAUGUGUAGCAAUGUGUAUGGAUAGGUACAUGGACUCGUGGAAUUUGGUCUCGAAGGCUUACAGUUUGCGAAUCCAAAGGGAAAGACACAACAUGUGAAAAACCCCCAAUUGUGUAGAAUGAAAUAGUGUUCGUAAUGAUCUGUAAAUACAUUUUGUAGUCAACUA